AUGGACGCGAAGAAACGCGACCUGGUGGCGGAUGCAAGGACCUACUCCGCGGACGUCGUCGCUCUACAAGAAACCAAGAUACAAGACAACGUAACGGCAACGCUUGAAGGAUAUCGACUAUUGACGUUCAAGCCAGAAACUCCUGCGUACGGCUUGGGCUUCUUGGUAGCCCCCCGCCAGGGCCAGUUCCUGUACCGCUCCUGGACACCGGCGGACUGCGAGCGACUGGCCGUACUGCAAUUCAAGUUAUCUUGCAGCGGUGGAAAACGGACGUUUCUGCUGAGCUUGGUGAACGCGUACGGUCCCACGUCAGCUGUAUCGGAGCGAAAACCAGAAGUCCUCGAUAAGUUUUAUGACCAGUUGACGAAAGUAUUACACGACGUCCGGGGCAGCUCAGCUAUGCUGGUGCUGGGAGACUUCAAUUGA